GGAUAUUUAACACAUGGUCGGAAAUUUAAAUUUAAAAUUUAGCAUAACAUAUAUUACUGAUAUACAUAUAUUUACAAUCCGAAAGUAGGAAAUGGCAACAUGUAACUGCCUAUUACUUCUUUUUAUUUUUGUUGCAAUACUUGAAUCAUUGUUGUUUGCAGUUAUAUAUGCUGGAUGGAGUUCUUAUGUUUAUAUUUUGAUUGAUUAUGGAUUUUACAUCGAUUUGUGUGAAACUAACAAACUUUCCACUAACAUAGUAGGAAAUAAUUCGGUUUCUUUGAUGUUGACUAACUCGCCAAAAGUUUCGGAUAAUAAUUCUGACAGUUUUUACACUGUGAUAGAUGAACAGAACUUAUCAAAAUAUUCUUUAGAAAAUACAACGAUACAAAGACAUUCAUGCAAAGAGCAGCAAGAACAGUUGCACCUUCUGUAUUCCAUAUCUAUGGUUCCCAUCUUUAUACUGUCAUUAUGUUGGGGCCCUCUGAUAUAUAAAUUUGGAGUAACAGGUCCAAAAAUCCUAUCAAUAAUAAUAACAUGCUGUGGUUGCUUAUUUCUUGGUUUUGUAAAUCGAGACAUGCCACUUCUGAUUGUACCUGGUAUGGUGUGUGUUGGAGUUGGUGGAAUAUGCUUGUUGACAAUAAAUCUAAAGAUAAGUUCCCUUUUAACCAUUGGAUCUGGAUUAUAUAUUGCUAUUCUUAGUGGUGCUUGUGAUUCCUCGGUUAUUACAUUUCGGAUAAUAAAAGUUUUCCAUGACUAUGGUGUUCCAUAUAGAUAUCCAUUUAUUGGGUUUGUCAUAUUACAUAUCAUCGUCGCUGGAAGUAGUCUUCUGCUGCAUAGAAAAUUUGACAUUAAACCGAAAGAUGAACAGAUAUCAGAAAUAACUGAUGAAAUAAAUUCCAAUAAUACAGAAACUUUAUUGGAAAAAGAAAAAGUGCUAGAUUUCUCGUUUGAAAGGUCAUACAAUAAAAACCAAGAAAAUUAUACUGUGAAGAAAUGUCCAUCUUUGAAAGACAGUUUAUGUUGCCUGCCGACUAUUUCCUUCCUGUUCAUUAUGUCAGUUUUCAUGUUGAAUUUCCUGUACUACAUUGGAACAAUUAAUAGUAGAUUACAGAAUGCAGUUCCCGACCAAGUCAGUUAUUUCACCAAUGUCUUAUCCUAUAUCAUGUUCAGUGGUAUAGUGACAGCAUUCCUGCCAGGGAGUAUGGCAGAAUGGCAGAGGAAGUUAUUCAAAGGUAGAAAUGUUAUACAAAGAGCGCUAUUGCCAAACAUUCUGCCAUUAACUAUUGUCAGUGUAUUGGGAAUAGUGCUUCACAUUUUAUCGUUCUUCACAUCAGAAACAACGCUGUAUAUCGAAUUUGUUGUAUUCACAGUAUUUCGUUCAUUUCUGUUCAGUUCAGCCAUGUUAUUUGUUGUUUCAGCAUAUCCACCAAAACAUAUCAAUGUUAUAUUUCCAUUGGGCUUGUGUACUGGAGGAAUAUUUUCCUUGUCACAGUACGCUAUUUUUCUGUGGUACAACCAAUCUACUAAUGCACAAUUCCAGGUUAAAAUAUUCAUGAUAUUGUUAUUAGUGACGUCACUUGUACAUCCACUCAUAUUAUUCAUUACUGCGAAAAGUGCAUGCAAGAAAAAAGAUACCGAAGGCAAAUCAUUUGUUACAUCCAGAGUGAAGACCACGGACUUGUAACAAUAUCGAAGUACUCCAAAUUAGAAAACAAGUCAAUAAAUAUGAAUUGCAAACACUCUU